UGUCCUCAUAAUAUUAUUUGGGCGAUGGAAACAUAGAGAGGCAGCUGAACAAAGCGUGCAUCUCUCCCUCGUCUUCUCCGCCCAGGUUUUUCUUUCUACUCUAUUCACUCACUUCACACAUUCAUUCAUCACAUUCCCAAUUCACAAACACACAAAUGGCUUCUUCUCCUUCACCAUUCACCCUCUCAUUCUCCUCUUCCGUCUCAUCCACAUCCCUCCUCCCAUGCCGUCGCAGCUUCAUUCUCCCAAUCCCUCGAGGCCGCGCUACCUCAUUCACUGUCCAAUCCAAGAUCCGAGAAAUCUUCAUGCCCGCACUCAGCUCCACUAUGACUGAGGGCAAAAUCGUCUCUUGGAUCAAAUCCGAGGGAGCUGACAUGGACGUCGAGACAUUCUACGAUGGAAUACUCGCCGCCAUCGUCGUCCCCGACGGCGAAACAGCCCCCGUUGGAGCUCCCAUCGCCUUACUCGCCGAGACGGAGGAAGAAGUCGCCGAAGCCAAAGCCAAAGCUGCCAAGUCAUCACAAUCCCAAUCCUCUGCGCCUCCUCCUCAGCCUGCAAAUCCAGCUCCGGCAAUUUCUCAGCCUUCUCCUCCUCCUCCUCCUCCGCCAUCGGCGGCAGCUUCUGACGGACCGAAGAAGACCGUCGCCACGCCUCAGGCGAAGAAGCUCGCAAAGCAGCACAAGGUAGACCUUGCGUCUCUCACCGGGACUGGUCCGUUUGGUCGGAUCACUCCGGCCGACGUAGAGACCGCUGCCGGGAUUGCGCCAUCAAAGAGCAGUCCUGCUCCGGCGGCUCCUGCUCCGGCGAGCUCAGCUCCUCCAAAAGCAGCUGCUGCUGGUGCAGUGGCGCCGCCUCCAAUUCCAGGCUCUAGCGUUGUUACAUUCACGACAAUGCAAUCUGCAGUUGCAAAGAACAUGGUGGAGAGCCUCUCCGUGCCUACAUUCCGUGUUGGUUAUCCUGUGAUCACUGAUGCACUUGAUGCUUUAUAUGAGAAGGUGAAGCCGAAGGGGGUGACAAUGACAGCGAUUUUGGCCAAGGCUGCUGCAAUGGCACUUGUCCAACAUCCAGUGGUCAAUGCCAGCUGCAAAGAUGGCAAGAACUUUGCCUAUAACAGCAACAUCAACAUUGCAGUUGCUGUGGCAAUCAACGGCGGUUUGAUUACCCCUGUACUUCAGGAUGCCGACAAGUUGGACUUGUAUCUGUUGUCCCAAAAGUGGAAAGAGCUAGUUAAUAAAGCUCGUGGAAAGCAAUUGCAACCCAAUGAGUAUAAUUCAGGAACUUUCACACUCUCCAAUCUGGGCAUGUUUGGAGUUGACAGGUUUGAUGCCAUACUUCCUCCAGGGCAGGGGGCUAUCAUGGCAGUUGGAGCAUCAAAGCCUACUGUCGAGGCUGAUGCAACUGGAUUCUUCAAGGUGAAAAAUAAGAUGCUGGUGAAUGUAACAGCUGAUCACCGAAUAAUUUAUGGUGCUGAUUUGGCCGCCUUCCUUCAGACAUUCUCCAAAAUCAUUGAAAACCCAGACAGUCUAACAUUGUAAUGAUUCUAUUCUUUGAGAUCAUGCUAUAGUCGCUGGGGGAUCGUUAAUUAAUAGUUUGGGCAGCUUGUUUGGCUUAGUGCCCAUCAUUUUGAGCUUAUCUUUCACUUUCAUUUUUUUUGUAGUUUUUAGGAGCAAUCGUGAAUUCUAUUGAGCAAAACAUUGACUACGAGAAACAGCUUUUACCCUUUUUUUUCUUUUUUUUUUUUCCAGUGAAGGAUUCUGUAAACAGCAAGUCAGCAAUGUUUUCUGUGCCGCAUGAGCAAACAAGACCUUAAAGCUUGUACUUUUGCAAUAAAAUCUAGCCUAAUUUCUAGUU